CCUUUCAUCAAAUCUUCUCCCUUUCUGUUUGGCCAGUGCAAGAAUCUCCAGAAGCCAAAUUAUAAUCUAUACUACACCCAAUUUAUAUCAAAAAUAUCAUAUAAAUAUAGCCAAAAGCAAGGGAAAAAAAAGGUGUAGUGUAGAAGCAUUAAAUUCCUUUCUUUUUUGCCUAACUUCAAGAUACCAGAAGUGGCUAUUUGGGUUUUAUAGCAUAUAAAACGUGUUUGCUCAACCUUUUUUUUUCUUUUUCUUGCGGAUCUAUUUAGCUACCUGUGCCUAGAAUCAUUUCAUUUCUUUUGUUUUUUUUGAUAUAGUUAUAAUUAAUCACUAGCUAUCAGCUGAUCUUGAUUCUGUUUGGGGACAGAGAAAAGUGGAGAAAUUAGAGGGAAAAUUUCUGUAAUGACAUGGUGCAAUAACAAUUCAGUUGAUGAAGGAAUUAUUCAAUUAGUCACAUCAUCUAGUUCCGACCGAAAAACCGAUGAAGUUCGAGCAAUAACAUGUCCGUCUUGUGGUCAUAACAUUCAAGUGGAAACUCAGGGAGGUGGUAUUCAAGAUUUGCCAGGUUUACCAGCAGGAGUAAAAUUUGAUCCAACUGAUCAAGAAAUUUUAGAACAUUUAGAGGCAAAAGUGUUAUCAGAUUCAAGAAAACUUCACCCUUUGAUUGAUGAAUUUAUCCCAACAUUGGAAGGAGAGAAUGGAAUUUGCUAUACUCAUCCAGAGAAGUUGCCAGGAGUAAGCAAUGAUGGCCAAAUCAAGCACUUUUUUCACAGACCUUCAAAAGCAUACACAACCGGAACAAGAAAAAGAAGAAAAGUGCACACCGACGAAGAUGGUAGCGAGACCAGAUGGCACAAAACAGGCAAAACCCGGCCAGUUUACUCCGGUGGAACAGUCAAAGGAUUCAAAAAAAUACUAGUACUCUACACUAACUACGGCCGGCAAAAGAAGCCGGAAAAAACAAACUGGGUCAUGCACCAAUACCACCUCGGCGACGAUGAGGAAGAGAAAGACGGGGAGUUAGUUGUUUCAAAGGUUUUUUAUCAAACUCAACCUAGACAAUGUGGGAAUAUAACCGCCGUUAAAGAUUCAGUUCACCGGAAUUUGACAGGUGGCCAUGAAAAUAACGUUGUACCUAAAUAUCCAAGUUUUGGUGAUUACUAUAGUCCAGCUUUCGUACCGUAUGAUCAUCAUCAUGAUAAUAGUGAAAGCUCACCGUUGAUGAUCCCUAAUUUGGUGGUUCAAGGUGGUGGUGAGUCUUCUUUUUUCCGGUUAGCUGCGGGAACAAGCAAAGCAAAGCUUCAGAGGAAAUAAUUUUGUUUGGUGGAGAAAAGGAAAUGAUAAGGAUGAUGAUACUGUUUACUAUAAAUAUAUGAAGUAGAAAGUGUAAUUAAUUAACCUUUUAGGUAGUUUAGUGGAUUAUUAGGGUUUUGGUGAGAAAUUUUAAUAUACUAUUAUACUCCGUCCACUAUGUUAUUUGCGGAUGACUAAUCAUCGAAAGAUAUUCACCUUCCCGACUUUUUUUA